AUGGAAGGCAAGGGAGCGCCGGACACGGGGCCACAGGGCAAAGGGGGCGGCGCGAGAGGGCCGGCGGCCGCCGGCACGCAAGGGGCGCGGAGGCCUUCCUUGGCCGCCGCCGGCGCGCGGAGGCCGCCAGCCCCCAAGGCCGCGGCACCGCGGGGCACCAGCUACCGCCGGCACGCGGGGGCGCGAAGGGCUCUGGCCACCGCCGGCACGCGAGCUGCGCGAGGAAGCCGGCCCCCAAGGGAGCCGGGCCGUCGGCACUUGGGGGCCUUCCCGGCCGCCAGCGACGCGCAGGGGGCGCGGAGGCCACCGGCCAAGGGCGCAGCACCGCCGGCCACCGCCGGCGCGCGGGUGGCGCGGAGGGCGUGGGGCCACCACGGGAGCGCGGCCGCCGACGAGCGGGGCCUUCCCCGGCCGCCAGGGAGCAGGGGGGCGGCAUGA